GACGUAGACCCACGUAUGCACUACGUAAGGGAUAAGAUAUUACAAGUAGCACAACUAAAAAUAAAAACGUUAUUAAGUUAUUUUCCAGUUAUUUUCGCACGUAGAUUGACAUUGAUUGAGUCGCCGAACUGCAGAAAUGUAAUUUGGCGAGCAUCGAAAGUAGUUAUGCGAUAUCUAUCGUCAUCGAUCGUCACUUAUAAUAGCAAACACACCGAUGCGAUGCAAGAUGCAAGGAACAGUGAUAGGCGACUAUCAAAGAGACAUCCUGACGCGUGGACGCGAAAAGAGUAUCACACGCGAGAGUGACUUUCGUUUAUGCAUCCUAAACAGAUGAUCGAUUUUUUACAGAUCUAUGAUCCAAGAUUGACAACUACGAAACCGCCAGAGCGUCGUGAAUCGGUGCUUCCUUGGCAUUCGACUGACAACGAGAAGGAACCGCGUGUUCAAACAACAUCUCCUACUUCAAAAUGGUAUCAAUCACAAGACGAUAUUACACCCAAAUCUGGCAUAAAAAAUUGGAGCCCUUGGCGAAAGGCUUCGGAUAGCGAAAUUGAACAGAGAACACAAAUUGGCAUUCCUCAGCAAGUUUCUGAACAAAUUCCUGAAAAAAUCCCAGAACAACAGCGCAAUUUCAAAUUCGAUAAGUUGGAGCAACAAGAAAGUCUGAAAUUUCCUUUUGAAUAUGGAGAUUUGACAGAGUCUGAUAAAAAUUACGGACAUUUUAAGGAUGAAUCAAAAUAUGGAACUCGCGGUCGGCCUCAAAAUGAGAUCGAUUUUGAGCAUAAGCAUCCAUCGAGAAACGACGAGACCAAAGAAACGCACGAGGAUUUGUACGAAGGUGUAGCUAUUGACAGCACGAAACCACGAAAGGAAAAUUUACUUCUUUCACAAAAAUCACAGCACAAAGUGGCUCGAUAUAAUUCUCGAUUGGAUGUUCAGUGUCCCGAUGACAAUUCUACAGGGCAAUUUGUUUAUCCACCAGAUUGCAAAUUUUUCGUCAAUUGUUGGAAGGGUCGUGCAUUUCUCCAACCAUGCGCUCCAGGCACUUACUUUAAUCCUGAUACUCUGGAAUGCGAUUUUCCGCAUAAAGUAAAAUGCUACGAAGACAAAUCCGUGUAUUUCAGGGAGCCAGAUUCUGAUUUCCAAAUUAAUCAAAAAUUACAAAAAUUACAAGAACCAAAAUGUCCACCUUAUUUGAUCGGUUUAUUACCACAUGAUGGAGAUUGCACAAAAUUUUUACAAUGCGCGCACGGUGCAACUUAUAUUAUGAAUUGCGGUCCUGGAACGGUUUUCAACCCUGCUAUUGGUGUGUGCGAUUGGCCGCAUAAUGUAAAAGGUUGCGAAGAUAUUUUUAAAUCUGAUGAAAAAAUUCCACUUACACCUCCAAAUGUAAAAUCUGAACACGACAAAGCGCAAUAUAUUGAAGUUAAAAAAAUUACGUGUCCUGUGGAUUUCACCGGACUAUUGCCCCAUCCGGAGACAUGCAAAAAGUUCCUUCAAUGUGCAAACGGUGCUACUUAUGUGAUGGAUUGUGGUCCUGGAACAGCUUUUAAUCCUAUUACAACGGUCUGUGAUUGGCCAUAUAACGUACCCAAUUGUAAAACAGAAACAGAUAAAUCUGAUGACAAAGUAUACAGGACAGAGGAUAGUACUUGGGUUCCAUUUGCUGGAUUUCGAGGUACUACAUCACAGUCAAAUCCAAGUCGCUAUAAUCAUACGUCUAGCUUCCGUGGCCAUUUUCCUCGAUCGGAAUAUAACACGACAAUGAGUCCAACAUUGAGAUCAACCUGGAGACCAUUUGCAACAUCUUCAAGCUCACCUUGGAUACCAACGUGGACAACAAUGGCACCGAGGCCAUUUUAUAAUCGUUCUGAGCACAAUGUUAAUUAUCAUAAUAGUGACGGCCAUGUAUAUGGAGAAAACCGAUAUCAAGAUUAUGGACCAUAUCGUCCAGAAUGGAAACCAAGUAGUGGAAAUUUGAGACAAUCCUCUGAUAGUAAUUAUGAAUUUCAAAAUCAUUCGGAUAGGCAAUGGGCGGAAAACCAUAGAACUGAUCCAAAUGCACAACGAAUUUAUCAUUCUGUACGUCCAGAAGGAUCGUGGUACAAGUAUGGAAAUCAAGAUCAUCGUUAUGAUCAUGGAUACUAUCCUCCCGGUUAUCAUCAUCAUCAUCAUCAUCAUCAUCAUUAUCAUAAUUAUGGACCUAUGUCAAAUCCACCAGUAAAUUCAACUUGGAACUUAGAUAGCUCUACUGCUACUACUAGCGAUCGAAGAUACGAUCAAGGAUACCGAGGAUAUACUCCAAAUGCAGGUGAUAGUCAUUGGCCUUCUCAUCACGACCACCAUCACGAUUCCGGCCAUUACGAUCAUCAUUAUUCCGAACAUGCUGCAUCGAGCGAAACAGAUCAAAGAUUUCAAUCAUAUCUUCCUCCUAGAGGAUACAAUGAAGACAGUAAUCAGUUUCUAAAUAAACAUAACGAAACAAAGUUUUUUGGCGUUGCUAAAGGUGAUUUGCCAACUACUCAAAGGACCGAUCAUGAUUUGUCCCCAAAUAGGCAAGAUUAUAGUAGGACGAAUCCAAGAUUUUAUCAUCCCAGUUUCAAUCGUACUUUUCCACCCGCUGGAAAUGUUUUGCUAAACAGUGGCAAUAAAUUUGCUGAAGAUUGGAAUCAGAAUGAAUCGCGACAAGAUAGAUUUUCUCCUGCUUGGGCAGGACAAGAAAAUACCGCUUGGAAUCAGCCAAAUAGAUCUUCUAGUUUUAAACCGAGUACAUGGUAUAAUCAGCAAAAUCAACAAGUACAGCCGGAAAUUCAGACACGUCCGUGGGAUCAAGGCAUGGCUAGUCAAGACGAUAAACUACGACGGCAAUUCGGAAAUAAUAUAUAUCAGCAAAGCACGGUUGAUAGAAAGACAGAUGCAAAAAUGGCAGAGUGGGCGUCAAAAACAAAUGUCUUGUUAAAUUUAAAGAAUCAAGUAAACUUAGAAUCUGAGAAUACAACUCAAUAUCCGAGAACAAACUUUUAUCCAAAUGGAAUAUAUAUUAAUGCAAAUGGCUUGAAAGGUCAUUACAUCACGAAAGAAAUUGAGGAUAAUCAAGGACAUUCGAAGAGCCAGCAAUCACAUAAUAAAAAUAAUUAUACACCGUUUUUUACGACGCUGAUGACGACAACAGAAAAAAUCCCAAACAAACAACCCGAGUUGUCAAGAAGAGGACGGGAGUUUGGAAACACUAUGACAGAAAAAGAGUUGCCUAGUUCUGGUAACAUAAGCGAUUCCAACUUAUCUAGUGAUUUAAUUGAACGUGAAGAUAAUCAUUGGAACGGUAGCGAUACGGAGAUAAGUAAUGAAGAUUUGAGACCUCCGAAUAUUAUAGAACCCGAAAUAAAUGAUUACGACAUAGAUGUAUUGGAUGACAAAAAUGUUUGGAAGCCUAGGCUGGUUUUCGAAAAUAAGACUGAGACGACGACGAUUUCGUCUGUCGUUAUGAGAAUCGGUCCAAAAAAUACCGAUCUCGAACUUUUUAAUAUCGAAACAGCUCCGUUUCAAGAAAAAGAACCUCCAUUCCCAAUUUAUUACGUGCACCCAGUACAUCCAUUGAUUCAUUCGGAAAAGUCUGUUCGAUUAACGCCUAUAUCUGGUCAGACUAUUCGUUUGAGAGGCGGUUCUGGGCCUAAUAAUGGUUAUGUUGAGGUGCAAGGUGUGCUACCCGGUUGGGGCAUUGUAUGCGAUUCCAGAAAUAGUUGGACUUUAAAGGAAGCUCAUAUUUUAUGUAGACAACUCGGGUAUAUCAGAGGCGCAGAAAUGGCUUGGCAAGGCAGAAACAAUCGCAAUGAGAUGCCAACUUGGAUUGCUGCAAACACUGUAACAUGCUUCGGCAAUGAAACCAGAUUUCAGUCGUGCAAAUUCACACAUAAUCAAGAGUGUCGCGUGGAUAGAGAUGCGAUUGGUGUGCGAUGUACUCCCAAUCGAAUCGCACAUUGUCACAAGGAUGAAGUACCUUAUAAUGGACAGUGCUAUCAUUUAGCUGGUCCAGAUAACGGAUUUAAUCAUGCUGAAGCAUUGGAACACUGCAAACGAAGGAAUGCACGCCUCAUCGACAUCACUAGCCAGGCGGAAAAUAACUUCAUUUCGGAGUGGUUGUUGCAAUCGUAUCCGGAAGUUAGCUCGAUUAUGACUUCCGGCUUUGGUUUCGCCAGCAUGAGUCGCACCUUGUGGCUCUGGGCGGAGUCUGCUCAUGCCAAAUUCAAAUUUACAAAAUGGUGGCCUGGCUGGAUGAACGAUACGGAACAACCACCAUGGGUGGGUUCUCGUCCUCUUUGCAUCGUGAUGAAACGAAAAUUUUCGUGCCACGAACGACCCGAAUCGACCUGUGACACAGAUUAUUUCUUCUGGGACACUGAAGAUUGCGCAACUACUUCGAAAGGGCAUUCUUUUAUUUGCAAGAGACCUUAUGAUGAUAUUGGUUGCGUUUACGGAAAAGGAAAUCAAUACACUGGCAAAGCCAAUGUAACAAUAUCAGGAAAUGAAUGUCUUCCGUGGGCCGAUGAAAGAAUCGCACAUCACUUACGUAUAAAUGUUAUUAAUAAAGAAAUUCGAGAUCGACUGGAAACGCAUAACUAUUGCAGAAAUCCUAAUCCGAUAAAGGAAUCGAGGCCGUGGUGCUUCACAGAAACUGGAAAGCGUGAAUAUUGCGAUAUUCCUGCCUGUGGAAAUAUUGAUUCCAAACGGUCUAUGUUGACUGGCCAAUGCAAAUCUAAACAUUUUGAAUGUACUCCAGGAGAGUGCAUUCCCUCUCCAUGGGUUUGCGAUGGAGAGGAGGAUUGUACAAACGGAGCUGACGAAAGAAAAUGUAUAAUGGAUUUGAAUCUCUUUGAAAAAUCUGCAAAACAUAAACUUGAGGGCUACGAUAUGGAGAAAUGGUUGAACACACCUUUAAAAACCUGUGCUUUAAGAUGCAAAGAAGCUGAUUUUACUUGUCGCUCAUUUAACCAUAAAUCGGAUGGCAACGUGUGUUUAUUGAGUAACAGUAACAUCGGGUUGACUGGUGCACUCAAACCAGACAAAGAAUUCGAUUAUUACGAACUGAAGGAGAGAAGCGUGAACUGUGAUGGCAUGUAUAUUUGCGAUAAUCGCAAGUGUAUAAAUCAAACAAAAGUUUGCGAUGGUAAAAACGACUGCAAUGAUCGCAGCGAUGAGAGUAUCUGCACGGCUGAAAAUUUUGAUUACGGUAUCCGCUUAGCUGGCGCAAAUAAUAGUUAUGAGGGUCGAAUAGAAGUCAAAAUUCUAGGACAUUGGGGACAGGUAUGCGACGACGGCUUUGGUAUAAUCAAUGCUGAUGUUAUUUGCAAAGAGCUUGGUUUUGAUCUUGGAGCUUUAGAAGUUAGGCCGGGUGGAUUUUAUGGAAAUCUCGAUCCACCAACGAGAUUUAUGGUAGAUCAGUUGAAGUGUCGCGGAAACGAGACCACACUACGGGAAUGCGAUUUUAACGGAUGGGGAGUUCAUAAUUGUCAACCGGAAGAGGCUGUUGGAGUCAUCUGCAAGACCGCGGUCAACACUUGUCAGGAGGGUUACUGGAAAUGCGACAAUAGUCCAACUUGCAUACCGACUCCUUUUAUUUGCGACGAGGUGGUCGAUUGUCCAGAUCACUCCGAUGAGAAUCCGGAACAUUGCGAUGCACCGUUUGAGUUGCGCUUGGUGAAUGGCAGCAAUCUUAUGCAAGGAAGGGUAGAAGUGCGUCAUCAUGGCGUGUGGGGUACCGUGUGCGAUGAUGAUUUCACAAAUGCUACGGCAAUAGUCAUUUGCAGAUCUUUGGGAUACGGUGGUAUUGCAACAGCUAAGAAAAAUGGUUUCUUUGGGCCUGGCCAAGGACCAAUAUGGCUCGAUGAAGUUUUCUGUCAUGGAAACGAAUCGCAAUUAUAUCGAUGCGAACAUAAUCAUUGGGGUCAACAUAAUUGCGAUCAUAACGAGGACGCAGGUGUAAUUUGUUCACCUGGAGAUGUUAACAAUGCCCAACAGCCAUACUGGAUAAACAGCCAAGAACAUCCGGAACAAAGCAUUAACGAGCUACUUCCGUCAAAUUGUGGUCAGCGCGCCAAAGAUUUCGAUGACGAUGGAGACUUAAUAUUUCAAAAAGUAGUGCAUGGCUCCAUUGCCCCAAAAGGCACUUAUCCCUGGCAGGCCAGCAUUCGAGUUCGAGGGCACAGUCGAUCAAAUCAUUGGUGUGGUGCUGUUAUUAUAUCACCUCUACACGUGUUAACAGCGGCACAUUGUUUAGAAGGUUACAACAAAGGCACCUAUUUUGUACGUGCGGGAGAUUAUAACACGGAUAUAGACGAAGGAACGGAAGUGGAAGCCAAUAUCGAGGAUUAUUACGUGCACGAAGACUUUCGUAAAGGUCAUAGGAUGAACAAUGAUAUUGCUUUGGUUCUACUUAAAGGCCUGGGCAUUCCGCUUGGCAAAGAUAUCAUGCCAAUUUGCUUACCGUCUGAAAAUACUGAAUAUUCACCGGGAUUGAAUUGCACGAUCAGCGGAUUCGGCAGUAUUGAAACAGGCAAGACGAAUUUUUUUGCAGCGCAAUCAAAGGAUUUACGAUAUGGCUGGGUGCCCUUGUUAGAUCAGUCAGUUUGCCGAGCUAGUUAUGUUUAUGGUGAAGGUGCCAUAAGCGACGGAAUGAUGUGCGCUGGAUUUCUUGAUGAGGGUAUCGACACAUGUGAUGGCGAUUCUGGAGGCCCUUUAGCCUGCUACCAUAAUGGAGCUUUCAGUUUAUACGGGAUAACUAGUUGGGGUCAACAUUGCGGCAAAGCGAACAGACCUGGAGUUUACGUCCGCGUAGCGUAUUAUCGGCGUUGGAUCGAUCAAAAAAUUAGGGAAUCGCUAAUAGGUAGAUAAAAUGUCGAAAUUAAAGAAUUUUCGAUCAAACAUGAAUGUUCGUGCAUCUUAUUAUUUUUCUUACAAAUGGCAAAACCAAAUUUAAGAAAAAUUGGUUUUAAAUUGAUAACUGGACCGAUGUAUAUUAACGAUAAUUCUAAAUGAUAAUAUUUUAUCGUUGCCUGUAAAUAAAAUACUUAUUUUGACAUAAUAUAUCCAUUCUGUCCAUUCUUUUGUUUAUAAUUUAUUUUGGCAUUUACGCGUGUAGCGUACUUCGUAAAUAUCUGUCAUAAAAUAUAGAAAUAACAAUAAAAUAGUCCAAGUAAUUCUGUUAAUUUCCAGUUUAUUUCGUAAGACAUCUUUGUUUCCUACAGUAAUUGUAAUUGUUGAUUUUCUGUGACUUUUACAUGAUUGAGCCUAUUUUAUGUACAAUAGUCCCAAUAUAUUUAAUCCGAGGUGACUCAGUCCAAGGUGACAAUUCAACGGAUGGCAUUUAUAAAAAUUGAAUGGAAGAUACAUAUAGCUGCGAAAAGAAGGCUAUGUUUUCAAUGUAAACUUAUAUAGCUGUCUAUAGUGAAUAACAUUACGCUAUUUAAUGAUUGAUUUAUCAUCAGAGUAGAUCAGACAAAAACUAAAAUUGUUCGCUUAUUAAAUUAUUUCUUACAACAUUGAUUUUUUUAAAAGGCAUAUGAUUAUAAAACCAAUGAGAACAUUAUAAUUAGUAUAUAAAAUAUCACGAUAUCAAGAAACAAUAUAUAUUUUUUUAUAUAAAGUUUGGAAAGAUUAUCUUAUACUUUAGCACGAAGAUUGUACCGAAAGUCAUGAUCGCUAAUUUGCAAAAAUCUAAGAAUUUACAAGCAGAGAAGACAUAUACAUAUUAAACAGUUCUACGAAUAUUUCUCUAUUCUUUUGCAAAAUCUCUAGCUAGAUUAAUAUGUUUUGCCAAAGUUCUUACAAAAAAUUUAAGGAUACCUUAUAGCGAUAAAAGUUCGUUUCAGCUUUUUGCUUAAAAUGUAUUGUAUUUUUGAUACUAACAACAUUUAUGCUAGAAGAUUUAUAUGCAUCAAUAAUCAUCAUUUUCGGUGCAAUCUUUGUAGAACUGAAAGUCCAACUUUCAUAUUUAGCGUAUGUCAUAUCAAUUUAUGUUAUAGCGUAUAUCAUAUCGAUUUUUGUUGUGUUUACAAACGUUUGCGAAUAAAAAGAAGUUUAUAAAUUA